AUGAGCAUGGAAACUGCACAUAAGAGACAUCUCAUCAAGAAUAGAGUGAAACUACUCGAUCUAAUAGUCAACGAAGAGUUCAUAAGUUACUUGAGAUCAACAUCUACAUUGUCAAGGGCUAUGGUGGAAGAUAUCGAGAUUGGUUUGGAUUCUAGGGAUGGGGAGUCUUUGAAAGGCCAAAUUGUCCAAAUUGUCCAACAGCCAUCUUCCCCCGCAUCUUCCCCACUUGAAGAAGAGUUCGAAUUACCAUCCGAAUGGCCAUUGAAGGACUGGGGUUAUUUGAGUGAAAUAAUGAACAUGAAAUUGUGCGACCAAAAUACGUGCAGACCUAUGUUUAACGGAGGAAAUAAUUCCUAUCCGAUGAAUGCUCCAUGCAAAGGAAGAGUCAUAGUUAUCAACAAUGAAGAAUUUGUCAAGAAGGCAAAUAGAAAAGGAACCGACCGAGACGCUAACAGUCUUCGUGAGCUCUUUCUGCAGAUGGGGUUCGAUGUACUGCCAUUGAAAAAUUGGAAAAAUCUGACAGCCACUGAAAUUCGUACUAAACUGAAGCACCAAAGUCAACAACUGAAAGAACUCUAUGACUGUAGCUCCUUCAUAUGUGCCAUCCUUAGUCAUGGAACAACCGGCAACAUGGUGAUAGGGGUCGACGAGGAUGAAAUAUCCGUACAGGAAAUAAAAGACAUAUUCUGCAAAUGCAAAGCGUUGAGUGGGAAACCCAAAAUUUUCAUAGUACAGGCAUGUCAAGGAGAGGAAAGGGAUGAGGGUUGCCUCGACCAUAGCUUUGAACGAUCCACAUCGUCUUCCUCAGGAGGUCGUGCUGAACCCAGUGAAUCGUUGGACCCAUCAGCAAUUUCGAAGCCACCCGUUGAUGGCGGUGACUUCGUUGAUGGUACACCAGAAUCGAUGCAAUCGUCUCCAACUAGCUUGCCAACUUAUGCGGAUACGUUAGUUGCUAAUGCUACGACAGAAGGAAUGGCGGCCUGGCGCCACUCAGAAGAUGGGAGUUGGUUCAUACAAGCUAUCGUAUACGUGUUUGCAAAGUGUGCCCAUCGUAUGGAGAUUUUAGACCUAUUUAGACAGGUCAACAACCUCGUGGCAAUUGCUGGAACAAGAACAACGAAAAGCGAAUACAAACAAGCAUCUACCUCCAGCAGUUCCUUCAGGAGGAAACUAUAUUUGUUUCCUGGGAUGAGCGGGAUAGACUGACGACCAACGCUUGUAUUACAGUAGAAAGUUUAAGCUUGCAUAUAAAAUCGAAACGCCAACCUAUACGUAUGGCCAAUCGCCCAUACAAAAUGCAUCGCUUAAAUAAUUUCCCUUCACAUUUAAGUUGUGAAA